GCCAUUGAGGUCCUUUGUCGCCUGGCCUCUGCAGUCCAUCCUUUGAUUCAAAGCACAGUCUCCGCAUUCUGAAGGGACUUGUCUUGUUGGCAGAUGUUCUCAACCAAGCUGGACUGUCGUUACUAGAGAGCUGAAGGUCUCGAGGUCGAAGCUGAUUGAUCACUGAACACUACAGCAUCCAAGCUCGCGACAAUCACGCUGUGCUCUGUUGUUGUGCAUCGAUUGCAUCACUUGUGUACUGUUACACUUCAGAGCAUAUGUCCCAAAAGUCUACCACUUGUGUGUAGGCAAGCAGAGUACCAACAGCUCUACAUCGACAUUCAUCAUUCCAAACAUUGGUUUUCUAGCAGAGGCUCCAUAGCCCUCUCCUACCGACAAGAUGGGUAUCCCCGCGGCAUUCCGAUGGCUUUCCAACAAGUAUCCAAAGAUCAUCUCUCCUGUCAUCGAGGACCAACCUGUCACCAUGGACGAUGGCACUGUCAUCCCUGUGGACACAACUCAGCCGAACCCAAACGGCGAAGAGUUCGACAACUUGUACCUAGACAUGAACGGUAUUGUCCAUCCCUGCUCGCAUCCUGAGGACAGACCUCCACCGAAGGAUGAGGAGGAGAUGAUGGUGGAAGUCUUCAAAUACACCGACCGAGUGGUCAACAUGGUAAGGCCGCGCAAGCUGCUCAUGAUUGCUGUUGAUGGUGUCGCUCCACGUGCCAAGAUGAACCAGCAGCGUUCCCGACGUUUCCGUGCCGCCCAGGAUGCGAAGCAGAAAGAGGAAGAUAAACAGCAGCUGCUCACCUUGCUCAAACAGCAGAAUGGCGGCACCCACCCCGCGGAGUCCACUGAGGAGGUAGUCAAGAAAGCUUUUGACUCGAACUCCAUCACACCCGGUACACCUUUUAUGGAAAUCUUGGCUGCCAGCCUCAGAUACUGGUGCAGCUACAAGCUCAACACCGAUCCCGCCUGGGCCAAGGUGAAGGUCAUCAUCUCAGAUGCGACUAUUCCUGGAGAGGGUGAGCACAAGAUCAUGAAUUUUGUUCGCUCCCAGCGCUCCUCUCCAGAGCAUGAUCCCAACACUCGGCACGUCAUCUAUGGCCUGGAUGCUGAUUUGAUCAUGCUGGGCCUGGCUACACAUGAGCCCCAUUUCAGAGUCCUGCGUGAGGAUGUCUUCUUCGACCAAGGCAAGGCAAGAAUGUUGUCAACUACGAGAUGCCAAGCAGUGCGCACACGCACAAGUCUAUGCUACUUCGCGGCGUCAAGCUUCCCACUCCGGCUCUCGACAGACACGACAUCGAAGAGCUUCGUAACAAAGGGCGUCGUUCAGGCAGAAGCUACGGAGGUGCCCCCCUCGGUCGUUCCGAUUACCGUGGCGGCCGCGGCCAGCAGAUCAACUACGGUCCUGGAGGCGGCUACCAGGGUCGCGGAGGUGGCUACCAAGGCCGUGGGCGCCCAGAUCGGGGCCCACCAGGUGGAGGCUACGGUCGUGACAAUUACAAUAAUGCCCCUCCACGCAACGGCGGUGGAUAUUCUGGACCACCCCCCGGAUGGGUUCCGCCUCCACCUGGCGCGCCAGGUUUCGGUGCCGGCGUGCCACCACCGCCUCCGCCUGCGCACACAUAUGGAGGAGGAUACGGUGGAUACAACGGCGGAGGUGGAUAUGCACAAUCUUACGGCAAUGGUGGCGGCUAUGGUGCGCCACCUCCACCGCCAGCUCAUGGGGGACAGUACUACGGCGGCGGUGGCGGAUAUCAAGGCCAAAGCUACGGACAACCACCCCCUCCAGGCCGCGAUGACCGUCACUAUGGAGGGGGCUAUGGAGGUGAUAGAGGCUACGACCGAGGCAACGGCCGGGGGUAUGGAAACGGCGGUGGUUAUCGUCGGUGAGCCGUAA